CUAUCCAACAGACCUCGCAGCAAUAUCUCAGUCGAAAUCAUAGCCUCGUAGCGCUAAAGCAUUCACUCCCCUGAUAUUCAGUAAAGAGGUGGCUAGGUUCGGAUUUGUCGGACUAUUCCUCGGAAUCUCCAGCCUGAUGGUCUUUGUUCCCCCUUCGCUGGGAGAUGAAAUCCAGGUAACCACCACGAGAUACAUGAGCAUAUGCAAAUAUAAAUAUUGGGACUAUAGAUCUCGAGACAUCAAUAUACCUAAAAUCACAUGAAGAGACAAUCAUCAACUUCGUCAACAUGUCUCGAUUCAUGCUAGAUAGCGAGGCCAUGGAGUUUACCGCUCGCACGCUGGAUGAAGCUGGAAUCGCGUAUUGCCUGAUAGGGGAGUCGGUGCUCGAGUUCUAUGGGCUCCAAAAUCGAUUGGGUAUCUUCACGGGGUUCCUCGUCCCGAUGUCCAAUUGGCGACCAACAUGGGCGGCGCUCGCUGAGGCCGGGUAUCGGCCGUGUCAUGAUGUUUACUGUGACGCUCACUUCUCGUAUCCCCGCCACGUCAGUAACAUCAGUGUCCCCCUCAGCAAUUGCCACUUCCAUUAUAUCCCGGCACAGGCUGAAGAUGCAGAAGAUAUAGCGGCCCGAGGAUUCACCAUGACCCGGCAGCAGCGGCCCUGGGAGCGCGUGGUGAGCUUCUUUGUGAAGUCGGAUCGCCAUGGGUACUUCCCAAACCCCCCUGCAGGGAGGCCCAGGCCACCGUUUGUAGUGGGAGACAUUCCGCCGCCGAGACGGUCGUGGGACUUCUACAUGUUGUCCACCGAUGCGAGGCUGCCGGAGCGUAGCCGGCACUUCCCCCAUCAUUACCCUAUCAAAAUGCCCACGCCCCACCGGUAUUUGGAGGCCAUCACCUACCAGCUGUGCUACGAGAAGCAGUAUCCGCGGCAAGGGGUGAGAGAGUACUGCUGGCAAGUGAUGUUUGACGAACUUGUCGCUCCCAUCCGACUGAACCUGAGGGAUCGAUUGAUUCGUUUAGAGGACCUGGGCUUGCCCGUUCGAUUAUACGUGGAAGACUACCUGAAAGCCCCGGAUGACCCGACUAAGCGAACAUGGCUAAGAGAAUCAGCGGUGGUUCACUUCUUCAAUCAGAAUGAUUCACUCUUUUUGGUAAACUGA